AUGAACGAAAUAGUUGAUCGAAGUGAGGAGAUACGGUCGUAUCCUGAAAGGGAGGAAGAUUAUUAUUUUGCAGAACCAAAACAAGAUACCGGAAACUUUGUUCAAAAGAAGGAAGACAAGAGAAAGCUUUCAUACGAAGCGCUGAAUCGCCUAUUGCGCAAAAAUGAGCUUUUGAAGCGCGAGAACAAACAACUGAAGAUGAAACUUAAUACGUUGGAGGAACACUUCAGAACAGCGGAAAAGUUGGCUCCCGCUUUUGGUGAAAGUGAGGCCUCACGAAAGGAAAGCGGAGGAAAGUUCUCUGAAGCUUCGAGGAACCGCGGUUUUGAGGAACAUGAUGAAGCAGCAGCAGAAGUCCGACCUCGGCUGAAAAGAAAUGAACGGCAAAGGACGGACAUGGAAGGUCAUGCUGGAAGCAAAGGGAGUCUUCUGUGGGGAAACCUUCAAGAGAUCCAGCGAGAAAAUGAAUAUCUGGAUAGGGAGAUUAAGAAACUGGUCCAGGAAAAUGCCAAAUCACGCUGGAAGAUAGUGUCUUUAGAUGGAGACAAUCGCAGAUUGUUUUUAGGCGAAGCAAAAUCGGAGUCUACAAGAGAAGUAGAAAAGCAAAGAGCAGACAAGCUUCAAUUUACUCGCCGAAAUUGCUUAGGUUGUAAGCGGGCGAAUAAAGACUGUGAUGCACGAAUCGCACUCGUCAUACAAGAAUACAAGGAGGAACUUAAGCAAAUGAAAAAAAAUAUCAAAAGGUUGGAGAAAGAGAAUAAUAACUUGAGGAAGGAAAUGCAAAUUCUGCUUCCCCAGGCAAGUACAAUCAAUUUGGUCGAAAAUAUUGCCACUGCUUUGGUCGACGCGAAGAGAAAGGAACACCAGGAGAUAAAGCAAAUGUUUCAAGACCUUCACGAAUUCUAUUGCAACUAUAUGACCUCCACGGAAACCUACCUAUAUAAUGGUUUUUUAGAGGAUUGUUUAGAUUUACUGAAUGGAAGUAAACAUUUUUUGAAUAUAAUACGUGGACUUAAAUUUUGGUAUGAGAAACAUUUCCAAAAAGUCUAUGAUACAAAAGGAUAUGACAACCUGCAAUAUAGGGAUAAAAAGAUAAAGACAGAUUUGGAGGCAGCUUUCCUUCAGGAGAUGCCUAAAUUUUAUAAACACAAGCAGGAAUAUCUCCGUGACCUUGAAAAUGUAAAGAAGAUUGUAUACGAUUACGUGGCUGACGAAAGGAUUGCUGAGAUGAACAAGAUUCAAAAAAGAAUUUACAUGGAGUGUAUAUCUACCUUGAGAGGUCUACUUCCAGGCCAGCACUUUGGAAAACUCGAGAAAAUUUUGCGGGACCUGUUGGAAGUUCCUGUCGUUCUUGUUUAG